GUAGACAUAUAGCUAGCCUUAGCCGAUAGGCACCCAAUUCAUCCAACUAACAACACACACCAAAAUCCCCGCAUAGUCACGUGAGACUGAUGUGGUUAGGUCUAACAAUUUCAUGGGUUCUGAGCACAUUCAUUCCUACCAGGUCCCUUCAGCCUUUCGGGAUCUCUCCCAAAGCUUCCCUUUGGCUUCAAUAUAUUCCUGUCACAUUGCUCUGUAUGUCCAUGGUCUCGUCUAUACUAGCUAGUAUUAAGGAAACCCAGUUAGCAAGCGCAACAAAAAAAUGGGAUGGGACGUCCAAGACAAGUUCAUAAUACGAUAUUAGAACUCUCAUUGAGGAUUAUCC